CUUGAAUCAUCAGACAAGGACAAGGGCGUUCAGAAGCGAAUGUCUUCUGAAGCUAUUUUUUCCAAAAUAAUGCUAAGUCAGCCCAUGACGUUGGCGGAGUUGCAGUCUGCUGCUGUCUUGUGUUUAGCUUGUGCCACGGUCCUCAACGGCAAGGAAUAGUUAGACAUGGUGGUCUCAAUCAGGUCGGACGGCCCGGGCAGGAUCCGCAGUCUGGCGAUGGGCAUGCGCUUUGUCUGAUUCGCACGUUGAUAGAUUCGACCAUGACUCUCCCUCAAGAUAUACUAGAAGAAAUAUUAAGCCAUCUCCGCUUCGAUUUCCCCUCCCUCAAGGCCUGCUCAUUGACACAUUCGUCCUUUCUUCUUCCGAGCAACAGGCUCCUUUUUGCGAAAUUAAAGGUCCGGGAUUCUCGUGGACCUCCAGCAGAUAUCUGCUUCAAGCUCCAAAAAGUCCUUGUGGAUUCGAAAUAUAUGGCGGCAUCGAUUCGUUCUCUCGUAAUCAGCUUUUUUUGGUAUCAGGAGGAGAGUGGUACUGGCAUAUUUCCGUCCCUAUUGCAGCUCCUCCCUAACCUCCACCGGUUCUUCUUAUACUUGUCGCAGGCGAACAUUUCCAGGUUCAACGCUGGUUCCUUUCCUGCACCUCGUUCGAUUUCCAGUGUUCGAACCCUUAUCUUGUAUGGGAUAGUUUUUGACACCGCAUCUCAACUACAUUCCCUACUGGUCAGCUUCAAUGACCUCGAAGUCAUCACUAUGGACGCAAUUUGGAUCAAUGAUGCCAAAGCUACAACCGAGUUGGUUCCAAGCCGUCAAUUUAGUUGUUGCCCUUCCACCUUAGAACUUAAUGUGGAUGGGUCCGUCACGGAAGCUCUGCUCUCCCCACAGUCCACAGUAUCCGUAGCGAACCUCUGCGUUCUCAGCAUCUUGGCAAGUUCAGUCCGGGAAGUCAGCGCAACCUCGUCUAUACUCUCCUCUGCCAGCUCCUCUUUGGAGGUUCUGACACUGUUCCUCCGGCAUGUCACAAAAUGUGAACUCAUAGAUUUAAGGCCCUUCAGCCGACUUCGCAGUAUCCACACCAGCCUUUACUUUGAGAGUCAAUGGGCUUCCAUUGAUAGGAUUCCAACUGAUUGGCGAGGGCCUUUUCCAUGGGCGUACCCGUUCUUCAAGGCGCUUCCCUCGUCCAUGGAAGAUAUCGUUAUCAGGGUCGUUUUUUGCCCUUACGAUGCCAUCCUUUUGCCUCAUUUUCGAUCGGAUUGGCAAGAGCUAGAUCGUAUUCUUGCUAGCCAUCCAUGGAAAUUAGCAGUUCGGCUCGAUAUAUACGUUGAUUACAACUUGGGAUAUCCCGGAAUCGAAGACUACUGUUACUAUGAGUGGUCAGAGCCUGGUGAACUCGAAGAACAUUUUCGAAAUUUCUUGUGGCAUGAAGGUAUGCCCGAAACGAACAGAAUGGGACGCUUGCAUUGUGAAAUUAAGAAAAAACCAGCAGAGUUCUCUGCUCAUAUGCAAAUAAGAGAAAUUUGACAUUGACGGCACUCGCGCUUUCCCAACGGCUCAUAAUGGAUUUAUUGUCGCGAUGGAAUUGAGUAUGAGGUGCCAGGUCCGAGAAGAGUUCCUAUUGACGGUGACUUCAUUACCAACGUUUAGCUCCCACCACAUGCAUGUACCCGAGGACUAUGGAAAGCUACUUUGACCAAACAAACACACUGGCAGCUGGCACGUGUUUUACUCGCUACUCAGCGCUUUCGAACUCCAACCUGAGCACCUUACCACUACCUGUACGAAUUUUGAACC